UUUUUCUUGUUUCUUUAAUUUUUUUUUGUGAUAAUCUCUUUUUAUCAAAAAAUAAAAAUGAAAUUAUAACAGGCACCUCGUUGUAGAAUUGGUAGGACUAGUGCGGUUAAAAUACAAUCCCCACCACAUAAAACAAACGAACAAACCAUUUCACGGCGUGGCGAAUCGUAUAUAAAGCGCGUGAUGAUCAAUAGUACAUUCAUUCAUUCAAGUCCUUCUAAUUUCUAAAAUAAUAAUAAUAAUAAUUUCCAAAUUGAAUUUCUUGAUAUGAGAAAUAUUAAUUAAUUUCAAUUGAAUGCAUCCAUCGUCGUCAUCUAUUGCAAUUGUACCUUCUCUGCUACAACACUGAUUUCUCCACAACAACCCCCCACCCUUUCCUCUUCUUCCUCUCCCUCCGCUCAAUCCAAGGUAUAUUAUUUCUGAUUUGGCAUCAUUUCUGCAUUACCCAAAAGGUUUCAAAUUCUUAAAGAUGGUUUUAUAUGAGCAUUCAGAUGUUUAUCAGUGGGGUCUUAAUCUUCUUGACGGUGACCCCGGUUAUAAUUUGAAUUACUAUGACAAUAUAGUUCAACAAGAUAAUGGCGACAUCUAUAAUGGACACUACUUCCAUAAUAAUUAUGAUAACGAAUGUAACCAUGUAGAGAAUGAUGAGAUCAUUGCUCGUGCUCUUCAAGAAGAGUUUUCACAGCUAGAGAUUGCUGAGUCUUCAAGGUAUUUACAGACAGAUGAAAAUCAGUUUCAUCAUGUUAAUGAAACCGAGCCAGCAUAUGAUUGGCAUGAUUCUUCAAUGGUUAAUUAUUGUUCAGAAGGCCAUGAUUAUGCCCAAGAAGGAGUUGGUGAUGAAGAAAGUUCAUGUUCUAGUCCUCCUGAAACAGAGGAAUAUUCAUUGGAGGUUACCGACAAUUAUCCACUUGACAAUGAAGUAGGGAAGAGAUUGAGUCAAAUGAUACCUAUUCCGCAUGUUCCGAAAAUUAAUGGAGAAAUUCCUUCAAUUGAUGAAGCUACAUCGGAUCAUCAAAGGCUUCUGGAUAGAUUGCAACUAUAUGACUUUGUGGAGAACAAGGUGCACGGUGAUGGCAAUUGCCAGUUCCGUGCACUGUCAGAUCAACUGUAUCAUGCCCCCGAGCACCACAAGUUUGUGAGGAGACAAGUUGUCAGCCAGCUCAAAUCUAAUCCGGAGAUUUAUGAUGGAUAUGUUCCCAUGGAAUAUGGUGACUAUUUGGACAAGAUGUCAAAGAGUGGAGAAUGGGGCGAUCAUGUCACUCUCCAAGCUGCUGCAGACUCGUAUGGAGUGAGAAUAUUUGUCAUGACUUCUUUCAAAGACACCUGUUGCAUAGAGAUACUUCCUCAUUUUGAGAAGCCAAAAGGAGUGAUUUUUCUGAGUUUUUGGGCAGAGGUGCAUUACAAUUCCAUCUACCCUCAAGGAGAUAUACCUUCAGAUGAGUCGAGAAAAAAGAAAAGAUGGUGGAGUUUUGGGAGCAAGAAUUAGGGAUUCGGAUGAUCCAUUAUGAAUCCGUACACUGUCAUUGCUCAGGAUUUAACUUAUACAUCUCCACAUCUAUCUGGAUUUAGGAAUUCACUACUUUCAUGCAAUCGGUGUGAACCCUGGAUCAACAUCGAACAGUUCUCAUUACCAACUUUGCAUUUUAGACCCAAUUUACCAAAGUUGGAAUAUGAACUGUUCAAUUUUGAUCCUAUGGUACAUAUUUCAGAUUGUGUGACUGCGUCUAAAGUGUGAUUUCUUCAAUGCAGUAAGUGUUAAUGUCAAUCAUGUUAAUUAAUUAAUUUGAUUUUCUUCUUUUAAUAAUUUUAGUAUAAAUUUGGGUGUGCUGAUAGGGAUGCAUCCCUGUGGCAUUUUGGAUGGAAUGUUAAAGAAAUCAAAGGGUUUUACAUAAAGUUUUAGACUUUAAAGUAGAUUGGCUCGCCAAAUAUGAUACUUUAACACGUUUUAACCCUUGGCUCAGCUGUUUCAAGUCCUCCUUGACCAAAAUAUGUGAAAUUAUGAUUUCUUCAAAUUGAAAUCAUGUUUCUUUUUUUAAAAUGAAGUGAAUGAUAAUUAAAGAAAGCAAAGGAAACUAUUCUCCCCGCAACCAAUUUUUCAAAUGGAAAGGAAGGUUAUUUUAUCAUGCAAAAUCUAUUUAUCAUGCAAAAUCUAUGUUUCAAGCAACCCCUAGUUUAGCAAUGGAAUUAAGGAUUGCGUGCCAAAAUAGAGUUAUUUAUUUUUUUUUGUGUGGCUAUGUUUGGACAGUAGUUAUAUAUUGCAAGAUGUUGAGGAAAAUGAAAAGAGUAUAUUUUGACCAGUCAUGUUAAAAAAUUGAUGAUUGGAUGGAUAAUAACCUCAUAGUUGAACGAAAUAUUGGUGAUUAAUUGGAUGGAUAAUGACUUCAUAGGUUGAAU